AUGUGGAUGAUCAUUCACUUGGGUUCUGUGCUAACUGUUGUAGGAACGCUGUGCCAGAAAAUCAUAUUGGAAACACAGCUGAAUAAAUCGCCUUGUACCACUGGCCUAAGAACGGACUCAGCAGACAGAUAUUUUGUCAGUGGCACAGUUGCUGUAAAUGUAGCAGAGUAUUUGGCAAUAGGCUGGAAUAGCAAAAUGUUCUUUAUCGUUGACUCAAAAACAAGCGAUGGAAUACAGAGGAAAACAUAUACAUGUUAUAUCUCGCUGAAUACAACUGAUUGUAAUCCCGAUCUUACCGAAGACUGUUACUGUAGUGAUGUAGAUUCAGUUACAGGGGAAGUUCACUUUGUACUGAAUCUUAAAGCGUUGAUACUGAUUAGCAAAGGAAUCGGCAGAGUAUCCUGGCGGUACAACGUUUCAACUGUUAUGUUUUCUAAUAAUGUAACCCUGCCAGGAAUGUAUG